UUAGCAAUCAGCAAGCUACGCUGCUACUUUCCCACAGUUCCAGUUCCACCCACUGAACUAAUUCCAUUUAUGGCUUCUUUUCCCUCCACAUCUCUUUUUCCUUCACCUUCUACUUCUCCUUCCUCUUCCAGCUAUUCUAGUACCAUGUCCCUCAGCUACUCCCAAUUGCAUCCCACCGCUUGGAGCUGCCGCAACAAUAACAGACAGAGCAACCCUCACCACCCACUUCGGAUCUCCGUUUCUUCAUCUCCUCCUCCUUCUUCAUUCUCUUAUCGGGAAUUCCUCAAUUUCGCUCUCACUGAAACGGAGCGCCGUACCCUUCUGCUCCCAUCUCCUCUCCAGGAAAAGUACAGCUCCCUCACUGCAAUAGAUGGGAGGACCGAUCUUCAAAUGCUCGCCUUUCAAUCUCCUCCAAAGAUAAGGCUACUGCGAAGUUUGAGCAUCCAGAAUGAAUCUAUGCAGGUUUUGGACUUUGCUGGGUUUGCCAAACCAGAAUAUGAUGUGCCCAUAUUCUGUGCCAACUUCUUCUCCACUGCUAACAUCAACAUUAUUGUGCUAGAUCUCAACCCUUUGCAUAACAUCAGCGAUCGAAAAGACUACAAGGAGAAAUACUAUGAGAAGCUGAUGGAUUUAGGUCUUAGGUAUGCCGAGGUGAGAACAAUCUGAAGGAUUUCAUGCAGCUUUUACCAUGGGGAGGCAAGCUGACCAGUGAGUCUUUGAAAUUCUUCUCGCCGAUUGUGAUAUGGACCAAGUUCCAGUCGGUUGAUUGCAUGUACGAAAAUCUGUAUUCUGCAUUCACAGAGUACUACAAGGCAUGGCUUCAGCUGAUUGAGGAGGCUGCAGAAGAAACUGAUGACGCUCUUGUUUUAAGCAAUCGUGAAGCGCAACACCGGUAUCUUACAUGGAGAGCUGAGAAGGACCCAGGACAUGGUGUACUGAAGAGGUUAGUGGGGGAAAUGCGUGCCAAGGACGUGAUUAGGAACUUUCUAUUCCAUGGAAUUGAAGAACUGGGAAGCAAAGGGUUCUUGGAUUACUUUCCGGAGUACCGGUGCCAGGAUGGGACUGUGAACCAGAACCGAAGCAUGAUUGGGAAAUCGUUUGAAAGCCGCCCCUGGGAUGCAAGUGGAGAAUUCAUAGCGAACAACACCGAAGACUAGACCAUUCUAUAUUUACUUAAUUUUGAUUCAUUUUAGUUAGAACUUUUACUCCUGUUCUUUCGUUCGUUAUUCGUGAUAUGACAGACCGUGAACCCUUUCUGAUGUAGUCGUCAAUUACUCACAUGAUAAUAAUGAAGGUACUGAAGUGAUAAAUGGGAGUAGAAAUGCAUAAAAGGUGACAGUGAAAAGUACAGUGUGGAUCACCCAAUCUGUCAUUGAACUCAUAAGUUCACAGCAUUGGGCACCCAAUUCGGUUUCGAGACAACUAAAACACCAAACUUCAUUGUACGAGUCAUUAUGCACUUUCUGUAAUCUAUUCUUGCCCUGUACUGUAAGUUUCUUCGGGUUGUUCUUGCUUAAUGUGAUAGUGUGGUGUCCAACGGUCUAUGGUCCUA